AUGACUGUGCCACAAUCGUCUUGUUUGUGUCUAUCCGAUUCCCCUUCAGAGUGGCUAAAUAAGCUGUUAUAUCGUGAUAGUCUCCACAGGGAUUUGACCUCCACCCUGGAGUUGGAAAAAUGUAAAGUUUGUUUCAGCGGCACUCGGGAACUUGAUUAUCCAGUCCUGAAUGAUGGCCUCAGUUAUGAGAUUGAGGCGACUAAAUCAUUUCCUCUACCCCCUGAUUUAAUUGAAAAGUUCUCAAGUAUGCAAACGAACUGCUUGAUGGGAGUUUUCACCUUGUGUGACAAAGUGUGGGUCACAAUAGACAAUGAAAUAUUCAUGUGGAACUUCGAGGAUGGAGAGGAUUUAGCCUAUUACGAUGGGGUAAACGACACUAUUAUAUCUGUGUCGCUAAUCGUGCCCUCAGCUGGUACACUACCAGAGCAUAUUAGAUUCUUAUUAUGUCUAGCAACUCCUUCAGAAAUCUGGCUUCUCGGUAUGAUGUACUCAAAUACGAACAGUAAUCAUACACUCAGAAUGCAGUCUUCCUGUCCUAUUCUGGAAGUAAUGCCAGAUCCUCUCUAUUGCUUACCGACUGAAAAUAAUUACAUUUCUUGCAUUGAAAGUACACCGAACGGCAGGAUAUUUCUUGGGACUCGUGAAGGAUUUCUCUUGGAAAUGACUUAUAGUUCAAUACCCAACUGGGAUGGUGAUUCCUUACAACCACCCAUUGGUAAAACUGGACAUUGUACGCUUGUGAAUCAUUCCGUGUCUGCAUUCAGCUUGUUGUUGCCUUCAAUAAUAACUUCUAGAUUUCAUAAUGGCGAUUCAAUCACACAGUUGACUGUAGAUACCUCGCGACAUCUACUUUAUUCUCGUACUGAGGAUUCCCAUUUAAUGGUUUAUGAAUUUUCCGACAAAAUUUCUGGUUCUUUUUCACGUUUAUCUUCAUUAUCUGCAUCAGAUCUGGCUUAUCAAGCGUCUUGUAUAGUACGUUCUGUAGACAAAAAUCAAUUCCGAAAUAUAGUUUCUAUUAUACCAUUAACAACUGGUCUAUGCUAUUUGUUGGCUAUUACAAAAACUGGUAUUCGUUUGUAUUUCGGAGAGAAUCUACGCUUAAUGCAUAUAAGGCUGCCUCCUUCCUCACCAUAUGACACUAUCGGUUUAAGUGAUGUAAAGCUGGCAGUGGAAACUCGUGGUACAGUGAUUAUGGUGUCUGCUUUACCACAAAAUGUACCAUCUACCACUAGCACAUUGGGUGGACUUGGUUCUCGAUAUACAACAACAACACGCUCUGCUGCUACACUAAACCAGUCCAGUUUAAAUAUGAGUUUAGGACAGUUUUUCACAACGGAUCUUGACAAUAGUAGUAGUAGUUACAAGGCGGCAGCGGUACUUAAUCAGUCUGAUGAUAAUUUAAAUGCCUUUACAAAACAAAUGCCACCACACGUUAUCUAUACAAUCAGUCCGGAUUUGUACCCUUGGACACUGAACUUAACGGAGAGUUUUACGACUAGUUGGUGUGUUGAUGGUGGUGCAUGGGCGUUAACAGUUUUACCGGAUAAUCAAUCAUUUGGAGAUUCUAUGGGAAAUGAUUUAAGUGGAUAUUUAGCAAUAGAAAAAAGGAUUUCAAGUUGCUCAGAGUCUUCACAAUCAGAGAAACGUCAAUCAUUACGUCGUGGCGAACCUCCAGUUGUGUUGACACAGAUUUUAGAUCCACCAUUUCGACGUUUAUUAUUAAUAUCUGCUCAAGGUGUCGUACAUUUUCGUCUGGCUAACCCAUUAACUCGAUUAAGAGAAUAUUUAUCUCGUGAAUUCUCUAAUACUUCUUCAUUGUUACCAGGAUAUGGUGAUCCUCAGUUAUCUGAUAUGAUUCCUAAUUUUCCAAGUUAUUUAGAGAAUGAUUUAAAGUUAGGCGUGGAAGGUAGCGGUAGUUAUCUAGCCGCAUUUUUACAUCAAUUCAGUCCAGAUGAAGCUAUUUGCGCUGCAUUAGCAAUAGGCGCCUCUACUACAGUCUCAGGUGGAUUAAGCAAAAAUCUUCAACUUGUUGCGGAACAAACUGCGUUAUAUUUUGCUGCUAAAGCCAGUCAAUAUUGGACUCCAGCAAUAAUUCGAACACGCGCUCCUAAUCUAUCUUACAUCCAAUCUCGUCAACAAUUAUCUUCAUCUACUACUACUACUACUGCUCGUGGUACAGAAGAUAGGUCAAUCAAUGGUGCGCUUCAUCUAUUCAGUGGAAUUUGUUUGUUCUUAGCACGGAUUGCACGUUCAUUUUGGAGAUAUUCCAUGUUUUAUGAUGCAACUAGUAUAUGUUCUAAGUGUAAUGUUAAAUCAAUGUCCAGAAUAAAAAAUACUACUACUAAUAGUAGUAAUGGAGGAUUAAGAUCAUGGGUUCGUAGCCUAAUUUAUACUUUAUCAACUGUCUCAACAUUUGGCGGUGGAAAAUCGAACACAUCAUCAGUUGAACAAAUUAUAAUUUCCCGUUUGGAAACAUCUGAAAUUUCAUGGUUACGUAAUCAAAUCAUCUAUUUACAACAAUUAAUUCAACGUCAAUUAAAUAUUCGUGGUGGUUGGUUUCGACUGUCAACAUCGCAUCAUUCCAUUGGAAAUGUCAAUGGUAAUAUUCAUUUAGAGUCUACACUAUCAGAUAAUCCUACUAGUUUAAAUACUGAAGAGCAUAUGGAUGAAGUGGCACUUCAAAGAUUAGCUGAAGAAUUACAUCAUUUAUUGUCUAUGAUUUCAGAGAUAUUAGGGUUUUGGGAGAUAUUAAGUGAACAUGUAGUUCACAAGAUUAUGAAACGACUGUCUAGUGAACAUCGAGAUUUAGCGCUUAAAUUAACUAUUGAAGCUUAUAUAUCAAGUUUGUUAAACAUUCCAUGCAUUGGAUCAGUUAUGAGCAACGUACAAACUUCAUUAAUUGGAGAUAGUCGGAUAAGUAGAAGUCCAAUAUCAUCCACUGCUGGUAACGUAGGCAUUGCCAGUCCAAACACUACUAAUACUACUACUGGUAGUAGUGUUGGCUUCAAUCCAACAUCAAAUCAUACUGGUACUGAAGUUAUGGGUGCAUUAAUUACCGCCCUAAUUGAAUAUUAUCUUGUGGAGGCAAGUGAAGAGUUAGAAGAAGAAAGUCGUAAUAUUGUCAAUGCUACCAUUACUACAAAUAAUCUAACUGUGGAAACUAUCACAUCACGUCUUCAAUCCACUUGUCCUAGUUUAUUUGCAAAUGAAGAUGCUAUGUGCGCUAAAGCUAGCGAAUGCUUAAUCCAAGCAUCUAUAAUUCGAACAAAUCUUUUAUCAUCAAUAAACAAUGGAGAAAGUUUGAAUGAUAUUCAAUAUGAGACUAGUCUUUCUGACAAGACACAUAUAGAUCAAUUGAUUUCCGAAGCAAUAUUAUUAUAUAGUGAAGCUGGACCUAGUAUUAAUUUAGACAAUGCAGUGCAUCGAUUAGAAAGUUGUGGUGCAUGGCGUGGUGCAGUGAAACUAUGCUUAUCUGUUGCACGUUCACGUGAUCCAUCCGAUAUAGCUGUGGAUUGUUUAAAACGAGGUCGUCGUCCGUCUUCUGAUCCAGUGAUUGAUUUUGAUCACAGAUUUACCAAUCGAUCUAAAUUGAAUCGAAUUUAUGCUGUUUCGGAAUUAGCAGCCACAGAAGGCAGAUAUGAUGCAUAUCGUCGUAUGACUAUUUGUUUAGAUCAUUUACUUCAUGCAGCUCAAAUUAAAUCUGAUGCAACUUAUCUUAUUGAACCAAUAUCUACUACUACCACUAAUAAUACUGAUAUUAUCAAUGAAGAAUAUCAAUCUAAUCUUAAUGAAUUAUCUAAUUCAUUAUUUAUUCUAAAUGAAUUAAAUGAUUUAUCACCAUCAUCAUCACCACAAUUGGCACGAUCUAUUUUACAAAUUAUUUUAAUGGAUAUUAAUAAAUCAGAUGAUAUAUUGGCACAUUUUGAAGUUUUUAAUUGGUUAUUAUCAAAUGGUCUUACUGAUACGGUAAUGUUAUUAAAUUCAGCGCAUUUUGAAGCGUAUCUACGUUCAAGACUACGUCAAACACCAGAUGAUGCUAAUUUACGUUGUCUUUUAUGGCGUUUACUGGAACGUCGUGGUGCACGUUUAGAAGCAGCUCAAGUAUUGGAACAUUUAGCUGUUACACCAUGUCAUCAAUUAACUUUAGAAGAUAGAUUAGAUUUUGCUGCACGUGCUAUUGUCGCUGUCAAAGCACUUCCAGCUUCUCAACAAGAUUUAGACUAUUUAAGAGAUCUUGAAGUUCGCUUAGAACUAGCACAGUUACAACAAAUGUUAACAAAUGAAUUAAAACAAUUAAAGAAACAGUUAAGCUAUCAACCGAAACAACGACAUCAAACUAAACAGACACCAGGAUCACCAUCAUCAUCACCAUCAACAAUAACACGUGGCGGUGGUCAUAUCUCACUUAUGUCAACAACAUUAAAUGAUGAUAUUGACGAGGCGUUGGGACAGUUAAUCCAUGGACCAUUGUUAAGUGUCACUGAAAUGUUUGCCAAUUAUGCUGAUCGAUUUGGUUUACAUGAAUCGAAAUUGUUUUUAUUAUGGGCUAGUGGUUCACAGGAUUCCGCGUUAAUCAAAGCAAUCUGGCGUGAUCUUCUACGUAAAAUACUUACUCAAUCAUCGGUUGAUACUGCUACUCAAAGUCCAUUGAAACGUUCACCUUCAAUGUUCACUCCAUAUUCUAAACCACAAGAUGUUAAAACAAAAAAUCGUUCUUCUACACUACAAUUAAUUGAAUUAACACUACAAGAUUGUUUAUCACGUUUUGGUAGUCGUUUUUUGGAUGAUCCAAGCACAAAUCAUUUAAAAUGUUCCAUUUAUUUCCCUUUAACUGAUAUAAUUUCCACACUUGAAUAUUAUGCUAUACAACAUUCAUUAAAUCCAACAUGGGUACCAACUAUUCUACGUGAUUCACAUUUAUUAUGUAUUGCUAAUAUAUCUGAUGCAUAUAAUGAAUUAAUUCAUUCCAAAGAUUCAUUAUGGCGUCGUGAUGAAUUACAAGAACGUUUAUUUAUUGCAUUCAUAACAAUUAUUGAAGAUUUUCUAAUGAAUAAUACAUCGAUUCAAUUAACAAUACGUCAACGUAUGUUACAAACUGAUCGUAUAUUAAAUCAAAUUACUGGUUUAUUAGUGGAUUUAAAUUCAGAUAUAAAAACUACAACCACAACAAUAACAACAACAUCAACAACAAUCAAUAUGAUUGAUAAAACUGGUCAUUUAAGUAAAUUCUCUAAAUCAAAAUGGAUUGAAUCAUUGCGUAAUUUACAUGAUCGUUUACAACGAUUAAAUAGAUAA